GAGGAGGAGGCCGAGGUUCACUUCGAGCCCGUUGUCAAGCUGGAGGCUGUUGCGGUCAAGACUUAUGAGGAGGACGAGGAAGUCCUUUUUAAGAUGCGCGCCAAGCUCUUCCGCUUCGUCAAGGAGUCCAACGAGUGGAAGGAGCGUGGUACGGGUGACGUCCGCUUCUUGCAGCACAAGGAGACUAAGAAGGUCCGUCUUUUGAUGCGCCGUGACCAGACCCAUAAGAUCUGCGCCAACCACUACGUCACCCCCGAAAUGACUUUGACCCCUAACGUCGGAUCCGACCGAUCCUGGGUCUGGAACGUCACGUCUGAUAGCUCGGACGACUGCGCUGGCCCCAACACCUUGGCCAUCCGUCUCGCCAACCCUGAGAACGCUGCUAUCUUCAAGGACGAGUUCGAGAAAGCCCAGAAGAUCAACACUGACCUGAAGAAGAGCGCCCCCGCCGCUGAGGAUAAGGAGGAGGAGACCAAGGAGGAGACCAAGGAGGAGACCAAGGAGGAGACCAAGGAGGAGACCAAGGAGGAGAAAAAGGAAGAGUCCGCAUAA